ACAAGUGUGUAGUGGUAUCUCAGAGUGGUCUUAAUUUGCAUUUCUCUGAUCAAUAAUGUUGUUAUCCCUUCUAACGACCAAUCCCAGUGCCCAGUUACUAUGGGAUGGUGAAGAUGAUAAUAAUGAUGACAGAAACAACCACCAACAUUUCUGUACCCCAUCAGGCUUUCCAAGCAUUGUCCAUGCAUUCUCAUUGGAGCCUCAACAGUCCUUUAGGUCAGGCAACAAUCGGUCACUUAUUAUAUACCUACAGUAUUGUGCACACUGGCGCAAAGAAAGGGAAAUGGGCAACAAUCGGUCACUUAUUAAGCACCUGCAGCAUUAUGGACUCUAUGGCGCAAAGAAAGAGAAACAGGCAACAAUCGGUCACUUGUUAAGCACCUAUGGCAUUGUGGACACUAUGGCGCAAAGAAAGGGAAACGGGCAACAAUCAGUCACUUAUGCACCUACAGUAUUGUGGACACCGUGGUGCAAAGAAAGGGAAACGGCCAACAAUCGGUCACUUAUUAAGCACCUACAGUAUAGCGGACACUGUGGCACAAACAAAGGGAAACAUAGGGUCCGGCCUCCCAGGGUGGAGAUGUGCACAAACCACUAUGGAAGAUCUCUAUGGCGCCGAUGGAAGGCGGUCUCAGACAGACGGCAUUAGGGGCAGUGGAGGCGGCAGGGAAGACUUCCUGGAGGAGGAAUGGUUUGAACUGUUGGCCGGCAGGCAGUGAGGAGGGAGAACCAGGGAGCACAGGGGAGAGCCCGUGAUGGGGAGAUGUGGGCGUCCUGUAAGAGCCUUCUGAGAAGAACAACCCAGAGGCCAAGGAGGGCCUGUCGGGAAGGGCUUGAAAAGGGGAUUUUGUCUGUCCCCCCGAGGGAGCGGGGAGCUCUGGAGGACUUUUGGGUAGGGAUGGGGUGCAGUCAGUACCAGUUAGGAUGGUCACCUGACAGCCUAUUGUCCGGAGGAUGCUUGGCUGUGGGGCGUUUUGGGAGCUAGAACGUCCAUGGGUCCCCACAUCUCAUGAGGCUCCCUGAAGCAGCUCAGCCAGGAUUUUUGCUUUCUGUGAGUGAGUGUGGGCUGCUCAGGGCUCUUCAGCAAGCAGCUGAUGCUCUUCCCUUGCAUUGCAGAGCCACCAUGAGAGUCCCUCGCCUUUUCCCUUGGCCUCCUAUUUGGCGUUUGAGGCUCUUUAUGGGAUGGCGGAGGAACGGCCACAAGCCAGCGCUGGUGGGAAUGGCCGGGCCCCCCACCCUUUGGGCGAGGAAGCUCGAGAAAGUCUGUGGAGCCCGCGGCUUUGGAGUCUUCCAGCGGCGAGAUUUCUGUGUGACCCCGACCAGUGCCCAGGAGGUGAUGCUGACCUGUGAACGGUACGCGGUCCAGAGGCUGCCCUUCGCGGAGGUGUCCGAGCAGGACCUCGCCUUCUUUGAGCGCGUUCUUCCUGGGAGAGUCAGCACUGAUCCUCACGAGCUGAAGGCCGUGAACAUAGACUGGCUCAAAAUGGUCCGAGGCUGCAGUAAGGUGCUGCUGAAGCCCAAGACAACAUCGGAGGUCUCCCAGAUACUCAGGUACUGCAAUGAGAGGAACCUGGCGGUCAGCCCUCAGGGGGGGAACACGGGGAUGGUGGGGGGCAGCGUGCCUGUCUUUGACGAGAUCGUGCUCUCCACGGCCCUCAUGAAUCAAGUCCUCAGCUUCAACGCCAUCUCUGGGACUCUGGUCUGCCAGGCGGGCUGUGUCCUGGAGCAGCUGAGCCAGUAUGUGGAGGAGCGGGACUUCAUCAUGCCCCUGGAUCUGGGGGCCAAGGGCAGCUGCCACAUCGGGGGGAACGUGGCCACCAACGCGGGCGGCCUCAGGCUCCUGAGAUACGGCUCUCUGCGAGGGACCGUCCUGGGCCUGGAAGUGGUGCUGGCCGACGGCCUCGUCCUGGACUGCCUGACGUCCCUGCGGAAGGACAACACUGGCUACGACCUCAAGCAGCUCUUCAUGGGCUCCGAGGGCACCCUGGGGAUCAUCACGGCCGUCUCCAUUCUGUGUUCCCAGAAGCCCAAGGUGGUGAACGUGGCGUUCCUAGGUUGUCCGGGUUUCUCCGAAGUUCUGCAGACCUUCAGUACCUGCAAGGGGAUGCUGGGGGAGAUCCUGUCCGCCUUUGAGUUCAUGGAUGACAGGUGCAUGCAGCUGGUUGAGAGCCACCUCCGGCUGUCCAGCCCCAUCAAAGAAAAUCCCUUCUAUGUUCUAAUUGAGACUUCGGGCUCUGAUGCCAGGCACGAUGAGGAAAAACUGACUAACUUUCUGGAGCGGGUCAUGGACUCCGGCCUGGUGACGGACGGCACCGUGGCCACGGACAACACGAAAAUAAAGAUGCUGUGGGCCCUGAGGGAGAGGAUCACAGAGGCUCUGAGCUGCGAUGGCUACGUCUACAAAUACGACAUCUCGCUCCCUGUGGAGAAGCUGUACGACCUCGUGCUCGACAUCCGGAGCCGCCUGGGCGAGAGCGCCAAGAGCGUGGUGGGCUACGGACACCUCGGUGAGCCACGGGCGGCAAAGUCUGGUGAUUGGCCCUUGCCCCAGACCUCAAGACCACUUUGUGGCCUUUUUCGGUGCUGAGGUCUGUGAGAUGGG